UGGUGGGAAGCUAAAAUGGCUAGAUAUUUUCCGGCUGUGGGCAGUAUCAUGGGAGGAAAACCUUACCCCAUCAAGAAUGAUACUUUUGCAGCAUGUCAAUGUACAGAUUUGGGCUUCAUCUGGGACUUAAAUUCAAGACCUUCUCGACUAAGAAGACAGACGGCAACUAAAGAAAAGGAUGAGAAAAUGUCGAAGAAAAAAGGCAAAAUGGACUUAGAGGAGUUAAAGCAAGAGGUCUCAAUGGAUGAACACAAGAUUCCAAUACAAGAACUGUGCUCCCGAUUGUAUUCAAACAUCGAAAGAGGUUUGACAACAGAGCAUGCCAAGAGAGUUCUGCUAAGGGAUGGCCCAAACGCCCUAACUCCACCCAAGAAGACACCUGAAUGGGUUAAAUUUUGCAAACAGCUGUUCGGUGGAUUUGCUUUACUUCUUUGGGUUGGUGCCUUUCUGUGCUUUAUUGCAUAUUCCAUCCAAACCACAUCUAUGGAGGAAGCACCCGAUGACAACCUAUACCUGGGAAUCGUGCUUGCUGCUGUCGUCAUAGUAACAGGUAUUUUCUCUUAUUACCAGGAAGCUAAAAGUUCUAAAAUUAUGGAAUCUUUCAAAAGUAUGGUUCCUCAGUAUGCAUCCGUUAUUCGUGAUGGUCAGAAACUAGUGCUUGCUGCCGAAGAAGUUGUGCAAGGGGACAUCGUUGAAGUUAAAGGUGGCGACAGAAUACCAGCGGAUAUCAGAAUUAUAAGUGCAGCCGGUAUGAAAGUUGACAAUUCCUCACUCACAGGAGAGUCAGAACCUCAGACCCGGUCCCCGGAGAUGACAAAUGAAAAUCCUUUGGAAACAAGGAAUAUAGCUUUCUUUUCUACUAAUUGCGUGGAAGGUACAGGCAAAGGUAUCGUCAUAAAUACUGGAGAUCGUACUGUGAUGGGUCGCAUAGCCAAUUUGGCUUCCGGGCUAGAAAUGGGCGAAACCCCCAUAGCACGAGAGAUAGAACAUUUCAUACAUAUCAUCACUGGGGUGGCUGUGUUCCUCGGUGUUGCUUUCUUCAUCAUUGCUUUCAUCCUCGGAUAUUACUGGCUGGAUGCUGUCAUCUUUCUUAUUGGGAUCAUUGUAGCGAACGUUCCUGAAGGACUUUUGGCCACUGUUACGGUAUGUUUAACUUUAACUGCGAAAAGGAUGGCAUCAAAGAACUGCUUGGUCAAGAACUUAGAAGCCGUUGAGACCCUAGGUUCCACAUCCACCAUUUGCUCUGACAAGACGGGUACACUCACGCAGAACAGAAUGACUGUUGCCCACAUGUGGUUUGACAAUCAAAUCAUUGAAGCAGAUACCACAGAAGACCAAUCCGGUGUUCAAUAUGAUAAGACGUCAGCAGGAUGGAAAGCUUUGGCUCGGGUAGCUUGCCUCUGCAGUAGAGCUGAAUUUAGGGUAGGCCAAGAGAAUAUACCUGUACUCAAGAGAGACUGCAUUGGCGAUGCAUCGGAAUCUGCCAUUCUGAAAUGUAUGGAACUGGCUAUAGGAAGCGUGGCAACAUACAGGCAGAAAAAUACCAAAGUGUGCGAGAUUCCUUUCAAUUCCACGAACAAAUAUCACGUAACUAUUCAUGAUUUAGAGGAUGGGACAGGCUAUUUACUGUGUAUGAAAGGUGCUCCUGAACGGAUAUUAGAUCGCUGUUCCACUAUUUUCAUACAUGGCAAAGAGAAAGUACUAGACGAAGAUAUGAAAGAAGCUUUCAAUGACGCUUAUAUGGAACUUGGAGGCAUGGGAGAGAGAGUUAUAGGUUUCUGUGAUUACAAACUUCCGCAAGACAAGUUUAAACCGGGGUACCCAUUUGAUGCAGAAGAAGAAAACUUCCCCUUGUCUGGCCUAAGAUUCGUCGGCUUAGUAGCUAUGAUUGAUCCUCCUAGGGCUGCUGUUCCUGAUGCUGUGGCCAAGUGCAGAAGUGCGGGUAUCAAGGUUAUCAUGGUGACUGGGGAUCAUCCAAUCACUGCCAAGGCGAUAGCUAAAGCAGUUGGUAUCAUUUCUGAAGGGAAUGAGACAGUAGAAGAUAUAGCUGAUCGGAUGGGAAUUUCUGUUGAAGACGUUAAUCCCCUGUAUGUCACGUGUUUCCAUUACAGUCUAUUUCUUAAGAUUGAAUGAAAGUUCAAUCAAUUA